UUAUCACCCUCUCUGUAUCACCCACAGGGCUGAUUGGACGAGAGGACAGCCGCAUCUUCCAACCCAUCACUCGGAGAGUAGUAGAAGGCCGGGCGACGUUUGAGGACUUGAUGUUGGCCACGCCCCCUUCCGAUUCCGUUCCGUGUCAACUGGAGCAGUUGGAAAAGAGUACGAAGAAGCCCCCACCCAGCAAAGAACCGGCUGGUGGUCAGAAUGCCAACAAGAAUCGCAGGCCAAGUCAGGGCUCCCGUCUGCCCGGCAACUCCAAGAAGUCCGGAUUCCAUCCAUCCAGAGCAGUGAAACCCUGUCUCGGCUGUGUGGAAAUGGAAUGCUAUGCUGUAGUUCCUGGAAGGAGUGCAGCACAGGUGUUGACUAGAGGUGAAUAUGUGAUCAUAGUGGAAGACGUGACCAGCCCUCCCUUCAUGGGCCAGACGCUGCCCACAGCGUUCGCUCUUCUGAGCCUCCUCCCAGCGGAGGGCUAACCCGCAGGGACCCCAACCUCCAGGGCUAGAAGUCAGAAGACCACGGGACGUCAGAAGAGAUCUCAGAAGACCAGGUUAGCCACCAAGUCAGGACACAGGGGGGAAGAAAAACGUCCACAUAAACUACAACAACCAACUAGUCUUAUAUUUGCAACUUGAGUCCAUAUGCUGUUUAUACAUAAACAGCAUAUGCAUCUUAAUUAAGCCAAGGAUUAUUUUUUUUUACCAUACCAAUGUAACUGUUAUUUAAAUUGUCAAAUUUAGGACCAAGCCAUAUGUCAAAUGUGCUAAUGUUUCCAUUAAAAAAAAAAUCCACCCAUUGGUAAGUUCCAUAUCCGUCCGCCAAAAUCGUUUCUGGUCCGUUGAAUCAAUAAAAUA